GAGGAAGAAAAGGGAGGGAGGGAGGGAGGGAGGGAGAGGCCCCGCGGCUUCUUCCCCCGGGCCAGCCCGGGUCGAUGCGAGCCCCCGGGCUGGGGGCCGAUGAGACCCCCGCGGGGCUGCCGGAGGCGCGGAGUCGUCGUGGGCACCGUCACCCUCUGCCUGGCCGCCGGCUGGGCGCUGCAGACCCCUGGAGGAGUAUCACUGACUGUCCCACAGCCCAACAUCAACGCAACGGUGGCACAAAAUAUCCUCCUCUCUGUUGAAUACUCUUGCAGAGGCGUCGCCACCGUUGAGUGGAAGCAUGUGUCGAGCUGGGGCACCACCAGAAUUGUGGAGUGGAAAAGCGGGAAUUACGUCAACAUAUCCGCUGUCUACAAGGACAGAGUGACUAUUUUUGAAAAUGGCUCUAUAGAGCUUCGGAACGUGGGCAUGAGAGAUGCUGGCUACUAUUUGGUCACUGUCACAGAGGAGUAUGGAACCAACACCUACGGCGCCAUCAUAGUCAAUGUUUAUGAGAUUAUCUACGAAGAUAUACAUUUUGUAGCGGUUCUCUUUGCGUUUCUCGCUGCAGUGUCUGCCAUUUUGAUCUGCUUCAUGUGGCUGUGUAAUAAAUCCCUGCACCUGUUCCAGAAGACGACACAUAAGCUAUCAGCAAGUACAACUGAAGAGAUUGAACUGGAAACCAUUGAAUGUUAGCCAAGGACUGUCUCAUAACAAAAAUAACAAUUCUACCUCAGGAGAAAGCAUUGGCACGGAAAGCAAGAAGAAACUUAUAAGCUCUGCUAGUCAUUGUCAAAGUAAAAGAGUACGCUUUCAUGGCUGAGCACAAACACAUUUUUGUGGCUAACUAAUAAAAUCUACAGCCUCCACCACUCUUAAGAACAACCACGCAACUAGUAUCAACCCAUAAAGGAAAUGAUCGUGCUCUUGAAGGACGCCUGCAUUUUGGCCACGGCAAGUAUCCUGCUACAGACCAACCAGCCAUUAGGAUCAUUCAACGUAAAUUUAUUAUGUCUAAUUACAGUAUUACAUUAAAAAAAAUUAACUGCAAGGAUUGAAUCCUGUUCAUUGUGCCUAUGCUGCUACUUUCAGUCAUAAGGAAUUUCCUGAAGGUCUGAACACAAACUGUAAUUCUUCUGGAGACAAAACUGACUUUGAAAUAACGCCAAGCUGGUCAAAGUUCCACCACUUACAUUUCCAAUUGUUUACAUUGCUCAGGGAUAUUAACACACAUUUUAUUACAUUACUAGGAAAGGUUGUUAAAUGGGGAACUGCACACAGGCACCGAAGCUGAUGCUGUCUGUAACGAUUAGAGUGGGCAGAUAAAAUACACAUCACACCUGUGGCACGGCAGAAAUACCGAACAGUUUCUUUGUGAAAGAUGUCAAGCCCUUUGCAAACUGAGCCCGCUGAUGAACAGCCUAUCCAGGAAGAAAAAAUAAAACAGCAUUACUUCGAAAUUUAGUGUUUACAAUUACAGUUCUGAAAUCACUCUAGUUAAGAGAAGACACCUUUGCUUGCCUAUUCUGUAGAAAACAAGGAGUAAGCUAGCUAGUGUUUGCAUGAAUCCAUGUGCUGUACUUGAAUUCUCCACCUGCAGAUCCUCUGGGUGGAAUAACGUUGGCUUUUCGAGAGAGAAAGCGCUAAACCAAUGAAUCUUCAAAUUACCCCAUUUUGCUUUUGUAAAGCAGCCUGCAGUAAGCAUUGAAAACGUACGAGACUGCAGGUUAAUCUGUCUACAGAUGCCACAUGGCUUUUUGAGUUUAACUGCUGCUACUGCCUCUCACACUGCAGCUCAUUCUCAUAGUUUUAUGAGCCAGGCCGACAGCGUCCCCUCCCUCUGCUCAAGGACUGCUGUGCUCAGGUGCAGAGGUUAGACCUGUAAAAAAAACGAAUUUCUUGCCAAGUGCAUAAUAAAGCAGAUAGGUGCUAAAAAGCUUUUUCCAAAGCAUCCCGAACAUAAUUCUUUUAAAGAGUCAGGCCUGGAUUGAACAGGCCAUUUGUAGUACAAGAGGCCUGACAUCCACUCAUAAAUUCACAUGCUAGAUUCAGCUGGCUGCUCUUUCCUUCAUCAAGGAGGAAAGAAACUAAAAAUAAAAUUAAACUAAAAUCCCAGCUAUAGCACAGCUUUGUGAAGGAACAAUUUGCUCCAAUUCUUCACAUUAUGUAUUUAUAACAGCCUUCUGUAUCUUUGAGUGAAGCUUUGAUUUUACAGAAGCUUCAAAGUGUCUGCUUUCACUACCAAGCUUGCAGGACUCAGUAAGGUAUCCAUAUUGCAUACAGAAUAUAUGCAUUUUUUUUCAGUUUAUCUUUUUCAGAUUAUUAUUUUUCAAUCCGUAAAUCUUAGAACUUGAAGUUAUUCACUAUGCUGAGCAUAUAGCAGGUGCAUUGCCAGACUUGCUUAGAAAGUACACUUAAGUGCAGCUUACAUGUCAAACCAUUAUUAUCUGCUAACGUUUACUAGAAUAAUGUAAUUGUCAAAGUCAGCAAACAUAUGCAGGCAUAAAUGACCUUUUGAAUUCAUCGUUCUAAUUGUGGGGAUUGUUUUCACUUUCAGAAUACAAUACUUGAAGCUGGGAUAAAAGUAGUAAAUGACUAUUAAGUCCUUACAGUUCAGAUGCUCUGUAACUGCAGUAUGAAGUUUCUGACUAGCGUGGUUCUACCUCAGCUUGGCUAAAGAUACAGAAGUUUUGGGUACCCAUCCUUGGUUAUUGAUGCUACUGCCAAUCUCACUUUUAAGUAGUAAUAUCCUUGAUGGACAAGAGGGAUUCAAAGAAUAUUCAGUGAUUCCAUACAGCAGUUAGCUUACACACUGCUUUGCUCCUAGACAAUUCCUUGCAGGAAAAUUUUAUCCAAAAUACAGCAUAAUUAAAGGUAGUGCAACAUAAAAUAAUCCACAUUCUGUGAAACUGGUGUUUGUCAAUAUUCAUUAUCCACGUCAAUAAUAUUUUAUAUACAAAACAUGAGGCUGUUUGGAGCAGUCCCUUGCUGUGUGGGGUGGCUGAAGAAUUUAGUUUUACUGCAAGCUUUUAAAAAUGGAAGUUUACAAAUUAAAUAGCAACUCUUAUUCCAUUCAUAAACUGCAUGCAAAGCUGCAGCAAAAGCUAAUACUUAGAACAUUCCAAGUGAUCAAAGGGAUUAAACCAUUUUAUAUUUAAACUUUUUAAUUAAAGAGAUGUCCAAGUUCAUAAGAUUGCUUUGACAAUCAAGUGUAAAGGUCUUAAUCAUCCAUUAAAGUCUCCAUCUCAUGCUUAAAGACA